CACUGCUCUUCUUCUAAAGAAAGAAGAAAAGGAGAUGUGUAAUUUAUGCAGGAUGCAUGAUGAACAUACUCCACAGCGGACAAUGACCACCAUUCAUGACACCAAAGCAACAGACAUUGCUGCAAGAGAGGAACUAAAUGUCAUAGAAACAGCUACUGUUUCUCCCACAAAUGAGGAGGAAAGCCAUUACACAAAUCAGGUUCAGUUAAAAGAAAAUAAAACACACAUAAAUUCUGAAUUAGUGGAAAGAGAAAACAAUGUAUCAUUGAAUGGAAAUGUUACAGGGCAAGAAACGUCACAGAACACCAUGUUCCCAGAUAAUGCAGAAAAUGAAGAUGAUAAACAAAUAGGACACGUGACUGCUGAGAACAUCAAUGGCAACAAGGAGGAGAUUCAUGACAUAAUCCAGAUAACAAAAAGAGAAAUUCAAGGGACCUCAGAAAGCCAAAGAGAAGAGAUUACCACAUCCUCAACAACACGGGAUAUCUCCAGUAAACUUGUGAAUAAUCUUCCCAGUGACUCAGACAGUCUAAAGCAAAAGAGUAGCAUAAUGGAAAAGGAGUAUCUUAUGCUGAGCGAGGAGUCUGACCCCCAAGUGUCUUGCUACAUUACAGCACCAUCACGUGUCCUACAGCAGCUGGAGUGCCGGAUAGUUAACAGCAUGAGUUGCUUAAUAGUGAGUGAUAAUGAAGAGCUGGUUAGCAAUGUCAUCUCCAUUGAAUGCUCAGAUAAGGAAGAGAGAAUUCCAUUUCCAAUAUGCAUUGCAAUUCCAUUUACUGCACGUUACAGGGGAAAUUACAGAGACAUCAUGGUGAAAGUGUCUGACAUAAACCUUCAAUCAAGUUACCUAACCCCAAAUUCACUAGAAGGAAUGAGAGGAAGUUACAAGGGAACCUGCGCAGCCGUGAAAGCUUACAAGUUGGGUAUAUUUUCAGUUGUGUCUUGUUUAAAGAGAGAGUCCUUUACAGUAACAAAAAAAGGCCUCACUGUGAAGUCAAGCGUGGAUUCCCGAAUAUCCUUGAGUUACCCCCCAGGAGUUUUCAGCUCACCGGUGCUGGUACAAUUAAAGAUCCAACCAGUGGACCCAUCUCUGAUUGCAUAUUUAAAAGCACAGCAAGAAGCUUCCUACUCAGUACUGUCCACAAGUCCUCUGAUUCAUGUUCAGCACCCAUCAACACAUCCUUUCCAGAAGCCCGUUACUAUAUUCCUACCUUGUUUUCCACACCAAGAUAAGAAGAAUCUUGUGUCGGAAAAAGAUCAUAAAAGAGCAAUUACUGCCACAACAAGCAGGAUCACACCUCUAUAUGUCUACCGGACAAAAAGUGCUUCCACAAGAAAACUUGGGAACAAUACCUGUGAAUCUUUGAAAUUACUGGGAUACAGAAGCCAAGACACUGGUUGGUUUGGGCUUGAUGAUGUUGUGGUGAGAACCAUCCAGAGUGGCUUGAUAUCAUUUGAAUUGCAUGAACAUUUAGAGAGGUUCAUUGUACUUCACCUCUCUUCCACUGUGGACAAGAGCCAUUUGGUUUCUUUUGUAAAGUCUUUGGAGGAUGCCUUGCUCAGCACCACUGCUUGCGUAGUUUUGUCGCACCAGAAGGACAAUCCACACCGAGUGGUUGUUUUAGUGGUGCCUUCUAAAGAUUUAAACCAGACACUUAAGGACUUGCUCUUAGAAGGAUUUGGAGGACUUCCAGAGUCAUCUCGUCAUUUCCAAGUAAGAGAAGGAGAACAACUGCUUUUAAGGUUUACUGGAAACAUAUUUGGUUCAAGCAAUGGGAAGGAUUAUGGAAAAGAAUAUCAACUUAUUUUUCACUUGCAAAGAAAACCCAGGCUGGAACUCCAAAUCAAAGAGGUGGAUGAAUUUGGAAACUACAGCUGUCCCCAUUAUAAGGGAACCAUUGUAUUUUAUAAAGUACCUAAGGAAAAGAUAGUUCCCAACCUGGACCAAUCUCUCAUACUUAAUGAAAAUCAUUAUGAGUUGCCAAUUUGCAAAUUACCAUUGAAAUUGCCAAAGCAUGAAAAAUUAAUCAACCGUCCACAGAGUACCAAGAGAAUUUCUAAAGAUCCUCUAGAAGCCCUUUGGGAUAACUUGUUCCACUGGCUGGCAGAGGAACUCUCAGAAGAAAAUGCGGAGGUCCUUACCUCGUCCCUCCCUCUGCGCCGCAGCACCAUUCAGCUCAUCAAACUCAAGCACCCUGAUGACCUCACAGAGCAGAUCCAUGAACUUCUUUGUUUCUGGAAAAAAUCUCUCCCAACUUCCACUGACAAAGUUCGCCUCCUGGCUCGUCACCUUCGCAAGAUGGGCAGGAGUGAUCUUGCAGGAGAGUUCAAGUUCAAGUGGGAAAAUAAAGUGUUCACUGAACCCGAACAGUGGUUUGAUAUGGAACCUGAGUAAGAGCUGGUGACUCAUCCUUUUGCCCUAGAAAAAG